CGGGAAGGCCCAUGCAAUCGCCGAUCCGAGUGCGGCGCAUCCGCAUGACGUCAGCGGCCACGGAGGAAGAUGUGGUGCCGACGCAACAGCCAGAAGCGCAUCCAUUACUUCGUCUGCCACUGGAGCACCUUCCUUGGUCGCUGGUCCCGAGCCGCAACAAGUAUGCGCAUCGGCCGAGGUUGCGGCAAGGGUCGGCAGGGGGGAUCCUUGAUGGUAUCUUGUUCCUCUUUGGUGGGUUCGAAGACACCGGCCAUCGAUCCAACAACCUUGUGCAGUACGACAUGCGAACGCACACGUGGAGUGACGUCGACGUCUACGGCAAGAUUCCGCCGCCUCGAUAUGGGCAUGCAUGUGCGCUGUACGAGCACGAGAUGUGGUGUUUUGGCGGCCAAGGUCCUGAGGAAGGUCUUAACCAAAAGAACAUCAUGGGAGACCUCAACAUCCUCGACCUGCGGACGCGGGAAUGGCGGCGCGGGGUGGUGUCCUGCGCGGGAGUCAAUGGUCGCGUGAACUUUCUUCCGCUGCCUCGCCGCGGCCACUCGAUCGUUAUCCAUGAUCAUUCGCUGUAUUUGUAUGGCGGAUCUGGCCCCGACCGAAUGUAUGGAAAGGACGCGUACUUUGGCGACCUCCAGCGGCUCGACUUGAAGGCCAUGUGCUGGCAUGAGCCGACGAUGACAGGCGCGGUUCCUGAUCCCCGCGCCCAGCAUGCCGCCAUCAUGGUCCAUGAUACGAUGGUGGUGUUUGGCGGGCAAUCUUCGGCGAAGAAGCACACUAUGAUGGAACAGCUUCGACAACGGCCAUCCAAAUCCCUGAAAGAGAUCGCCGUGGACCGCAAGUGCCUCAAGAUCGAGUUCUCGCCACCGGACACAGGGUUUGCGUCCAAUACAGUGCACGUUCUCGACGUCCAUCGACAUCAUUGGACUAUUCCAGCGCUGGCAGGGACGGCGCCGUCCGCGCGAUACGGGCAUGUCCUCACGGGGCAUCCGCAGAAUCCCCUCGUGCUGUUUUGCUUUGGGGGAGUGACUGCCACAGGAGGGUACAACGACGCUGCCGUUCAUUGCUUGGACUUGGAACUGCAACGGUGGUCCACGGUGACUGCGCUGGAGCCCAUUCCACCGCGCACUCGUCAUGCCAUGUUCGCGUGGGAGUCGCAGAUGAUGAUCUUUGGGGGAUGUGGUCGCGAUGGACUCUGUGUCGGCAAUGUGUACACGAUCCAACUCCCAGCGGUGCCACCACCAUCGACCACCGCAUCCUCUCAUUCGGACGUUCUAAUAACCCCCGCUUCCAUCCCACAGCCGCCGCCCUCUCGACCGCAUACUAUAGGCAGUAGUAGUACCAAGUCUAGUACUACUAGUCGGUCGUUGGGGGUGAGUAUUAGUCCCAUCAAGCUGAAGAAGUUGGAUAAGGCGUGGACGUCCGUUGGGCUGUAGUUGUUUAAGUUGAUGUACAAAACUCUUUGGCAAGUCAAAAUAUUACUCUCAGUG